AUGGAUAGCCCUGUGGGCCUGGGGUCCGUGGGCGAGCCGGUGGCAGCCAAUCAGCAGGGAGAGUGCAGAGAGGGCCUGCAGGACCGAGCCAAUCCAAGGAAGCACCGAGUCCAGCCAGAUGGCAAGAACAAACCAGCAGCUGGGCACUCUGGUCUGAUUGCAGCGAUUUGCAGCGAUUUGCAACCGAAAGGUCUCGAUGCGAUGACGGAGGGGUCUCAGGCGGACUCGAACGGCAACACGGGCGGCCCCGUCAUGAUCAGUUUCAUCAGCAAGUUAUUUUGGCUGCACCGCUUGCUGGCGGUCUUGACUCCUGUUCUGCAUGAGCAGCUCGGGCACUGCACACACGAGCAGGAUCAUGGCAUCAGAAGGGCCCUGUGGGGAAGCAGCACCAACACAGGUGACAGCCCCCUGCAUCUCUGGUCCUUAUUAGCAUUAACGGACAGGGCCGCUGUCCCAGGCGUUACUGCUACAUCAACAACCAAAAGCCGCAACACGUUGGCGUAUUUGGCUCCCGCUGAGAGUUACCGAGGCGAUGGAAUGCUCACCAGCAGGGCAGCUCACCAUUCGUUCGGACUCAUCUGCGGCUCUGCGCCGUUGCCAGCAAGGUGGCCGGGCUCCCUUUCCGGCUCCGGCGGAGAGAGGUCGUCUCAGCAGGUUUCCGAGACUCUCGAUUCAAUCAAACCACCCGUCGGUCCAGAACGAAAAGUAGAUUUGAAGGAAUGUGCCUCUUCACCGCUGUACCCAGUGGUGGACGGAUUAUUAUUGGGACGCGGCGGAAAGGGAAACCGUCAGGGAGAGAGCACACGAGCCAAAGCCGGGGGCGUGUGUGCGUGUGUGCUUGUGUGGGGCGCUCGUGGCGAGUUGAGCCGAACCGUCGAAUCAGGGCGCGCAGGUCGCGUCUGGAACCAAGAAGCCAACCGCCGUGUCUGGUCUGCCAGUCCAGGCAUGAUGAUUGCGUCAGGCACACUGUGCAAUCUGGCCUUCCCGACCUAG